AUGCCGGGCGUUGUCGAAGCGCCCGCCGCGGCGGAUCCGUUGGACCUGGGAUACAGUGUCGGGCACCAGAAGGUUGACCUAGACAUUGAUUUUGCUAGCAAGAGCUUGAAGGGACAUGCGGAAAUCACCAUUCACCCUCAUUACAAAACUUUGAAGGAAAUUCGUUUGAACUUUCGACAGGGCGAGAUCAAGCGUCUGAGUGUCAACGGAAAAGUCGCGACGGCGAAUUAUAGGGACCCUUACGACAGUCUCCAUCUCUACGGAGCGCAUUACCACGAGAGACUCACCGCGCAUAUCGACAAAAACCUCCUCACAACACUCCCGAAGCCCGAGGUAUCGAUCGCGAUUCCGAAGAGCGUGCGGAUUGACGAGUUGGACCCAUCCUCGGCGGAAGCUCAGGAGCAAAUUGCGCUGCAGGGCGCCGGUGGUGAUGUCGAUGGACCUGUUACUAUCAAGCCCGAGGCAAAUUUGCCACAGUUUACGGCUGUGACGGUCAGUAUUGAUUUUACGAUUGAUCGGAUUCGGGAUGGACUGCAGUUCGUAGGGGUGGACAGCGGAGACCGUCGAUACCCCCAUGCUUAUACCACGAAUUCACUGGAGUCCAGCGUUGGAUGCCCUCUUUUCCCUUGUGUGGACAACCCGUCCUCCCGGUGCACUUGGGAAAUUUCGAUCUCAUGUCCUUCAUCUCUGGGAGACGUGUUCAACGGCAAAGGACGCGACGUUGGAUCCAAUACAACCUCUCGAUCGCGAGCGCAGAACCGCUAUAUCUCCUCGGACGAUGAAGGUCUGGAUAUGUCCGUGGUAUGCUCCGGCGAGCUGACAGAUGAUAUCACGGAUCCAAACGACCCGACUCGGAAGACAGUCUCGUUUGCAUCGUACUCGCCGCUCUCCGCUCAACAAAUUGGAUUCGCUGUUGGUCCCUUCGAAUAUGUGAAUCUGGCGGACUUCCGUGAAAGUGAUCAGGAUGAACAACUUGGACAAAACGCUAUUCCUCUGCAUGCAUUCUGUCUUCCAGGACGCGGUGACGAGGUUCAAAAUACCGCCUUCCCUAUGGCACAAGCCAUCGACUUCUUUUCUUUGUCCUAUGGGUCGUAUCCAUUCUCCAGUUACAAAAUCUGCUUUGUUGAUGACGUCGCAGUGGAUACAUUGCCGACAGCGUGCAUGGCUAUAUGCAGUAGUCAUCUUCUUUUCCCGCCUGAGAUCAUCGAUCCCAUGUACGACUCAACCAGAGCGCUUGUACAUGCGCUGGCUUGCCAAUGGUCUGGAAUCAACAUCAUUCCUGACGAGCCCGCAGACACCUGGGUUACCGUCGGCGUGGCAUGGUAUAUCACAGACACGUUCAUGAAAAAGCUUUGCGGCAACAACGAAUACCGAUUCCGACUCAAGCAGAUGUCUGACAGGAUCUGCGAGCUGGACUACGAGCGUCCUUCGAUCUACGACAUGGGCAACUUCUUGAAGAUUGACCCAUCCGAAUAUCGUUUCAUUGCGCUGAAGGCACCCUUGGUCCUGUUCAUUCUCGACCGUCGCCUAACCAAGGCUAGUGGAAAGGCGACCAUGCCCCGAAUCAUUUCUCGACUUUUCUUAAACUCCCGAAUGGGUGACAUCCCCAACGGAGCUGUCACCUCUUCAUUGUUCCAGAAGACAUGCGAGCGCCUCGGGCAUGCCAAGCUUGAUGUUUUCUUCGGGCAAUGGGUCUAUGGAGCUGGAUGCCCGCGAUUCCAGGCCACACAGCGAUUCAACAAGAAGAAACUUGUGGUUGAAAUGAUGAUCAGGCAAGUCCAGUCCGAUCAGACGGCCGCUCGUGAUCUUGAAAAGAAUGCGUUCUUGCGCGAUCUCAAGGAAGAAGUUCGACAAGUCUAUGCCGGUGCCAUCCAGCCUGUCUUCACUGGCUCCAUGACGCUUCGUAUUCACGAGGCCGAUGGUACCCCGUACGAACAUAUCGUCGAGAUCAAGGAGGGCGUGACAAAGUUUGACAUCCCCUACAAUACGAAAUACAAGCGACUCAAGCGCAACAAGAAGCAAAGAGAACGUGCUGUCGCAUCGGGUGAAGCCGAUGCCCAGGAAGAAGUCCUCCUUUACUGCCUUGGAGAUGUUCUACAAACAGAGGAAGAGACAGCCCAGUGGCGCCUAGCCGACUGGACCAAGGAGGAUGAAGAAAGGAUGGGACAGGAGUCUUACGAGUGGAUCCGCAUGGAUGCGGAUUUCGAAUGGGUCUGCAAGCUGUCCCUCGGCAUGCCUGGAUACAUGUACCUCUCGCAACUCCAGCAAGACCGCGAUGUCGUUGCUCAAUUGGAGUCCCUUCAGUACAUGGCAGCGCAGCGAGAGCAUCCUUUGAUCUCGACCAUCUUUGUUCGCACACUCAUGGAUAGUCGAUACUUCCACGGUAUACGAGUGACGGCGGCAGAGGCGUUGAUCAAACAUGCCAAAGAUGAAGUUGAUUGGAUUGGGCUGUUCCAUCUUGAAAAGGCCUUCCAAGAACUUUUCUGUCUCCCGGACUCGCCCAUGACACGAUCCAAUGAUUUCUCGGAUCGCGCUGCCUAUAUCUUGCAGAAGGUGAUUCCGGAGUCCAUCUCGAAGGUGCGGGAUAAUAGUGGCAAGACACCUCUUAGGGUGAAGCAGUUUUUGUUCGACAAGCUCAAAUUCAACGACAACUCCAACAAUGAGUACUCGGACAAUUUCUACGUCGCUUCCCUGAUGCGUUCACUCUGCCAUGCGAUGCUCGGUAGAACGGACCCUCGACCGGAGGAGGAGCUGGCCCAUUUCGACAUGCAGCGCGUUCUCGAGAGUCAAGCUGAGGAACAACUCGAGAAAGACACCCUCGCAGAAUUUGACCGCUACAGGAGAAUGGACGAAUGGUCCGGCUCAUUCCAGAACAUAUACUCGCGAGCUGCAUUGCACUGCCAGAUGCAGAUGAUGCAAGCCAAGAUACAAGAGCUCGAUCUAAUGCUCUUUGUUCCUUAUACCCGGUCUGGUACCUACGAUCUGCUUCGUUUGGAGGCGUUUGAAUGCCUUGUCGAGCUCGACAUCUCCCAAAGUCCCGAGCUCCUGCGCUGGCUCAUCUUCACCAUGACCAGUGACACAUCCGCUUACGUUCGUCACCACUGCCAACGCCUUUUCGGUCGAGCUUUGGCGCAGAUUGCCUUUGGGCGACCUGGGCAAAUAGAGCCGAACCAGACAGGGGGAUUGAUUAUCGAGCAAGAGUCUUCAACGGAAGUUCGCCAAGCUGAUCUUGCACGUCGUCAAACCGUCCCUGGUGCCAUUGAAGCGUUGAAGAAGGAAAUCUCAGGUGAUCCAUCUCUCAAAGAGUAUAUGUGGGCUGCAUGCAACUCGAUGUCAAUCGGGGUCCUCGAACUGGCCGAGCUGCUAGAUGUCUGCCGCGUCUUAUUCGACCCCGUCACAUCGAAGCGUAUCACAUUGCGGCUCGGACGCCACUGGAGGGUGAAGAACCUAGGAAAUGGCAAACUCCACUUCUCCCGAACGGGAUCCUUCCGGGGCAGCCUCCAUCCCAAACGGAAACGCGACGAGUCUGGAAUGCUCCCGCCAGCCCCGCGCAUCACCUUCAAGCAGUCCAAGACCGGCACAACUCCAAGCACGCCAUCCUCGACAGCCCUCCCCAAACUACACAUUCCCCACCCAUCAUCCACUCCGACUGCGGGCACCGGCACACCCACUGCUUCUACGCCCGCAACUCCUGCCAGCGGCGGCGGCUUGAAGCUAAAGCUCAAGUUCGGGCACAAAAAAUAA